AAAAGAUUUUACACGAACUUAAAGACGAAGUUAUUCAUUAUCCAAAGCCAAGAAAGAUGCAAAUCAGACGGUUCAUUGGUCUUGUUUUCAUCCUGUCUUUUUCCUCCGCGGAAUUUGAAAAGGAGAGAAGUAUAAUGACGACCCUUCGCAACAACUUUCGCAACGCAUAUCCAGCCGGGCAACAGUUUGGUGUUCUUUAUCUUCACAAGGGAAGCGUCGCCACAGACCCAGUUGUCAGUUACGAUGUUCAGAACCUGUGUACUGACGUGGAUAAAUCGGGUACGCAGAAAAACGUCAUAAGAAGUACCGCAGCAUCUUGGUCUACAAAUAUCUUUAAUCCAGCUAAUGGUGUCACGAGGUUUGAUCCCCCAAUAUGGCCAACUAUGACUCCACUCCUUGCAGAAGAUUGUAAAAAUCGGCAUCCUAAUGUAGCGACUGCUGGUUAUGAUCAAAGUAUACACAAGCCCGUGAGCAAUGCAGGUCAUUCAGAAUAUUUUCUUCUUACCCUGGCGCUGAAGAAAAUGUUGCAGUCGUACAAACAAAACUCGGAAGGAAACGUCUGUCCUGGAGCGAUAUUCCUAUAUUCAUACAACUCUCCUUGUUAUAGCCUGCCAUACGGGAAGUACGGGUUCAAUUGUAUGAAUUCAAUUGGAUUUGCGAGAAAAGAUACAAUUAAUGUGGAAUGUUCAGGCACAACUGAAGUACCAUUCUAUGUUGGUUACACGAAGAAGUACAAUGGAAAGAAAGAGGACUGGAAGGCCGAGAAAGAAGCGCUGGAAUCGGUAAACGUAGAUGUAAUUCAGGUACCAUAGUGCAUAGUCAGGCGCUCCGACAUUAAAAAAACUUGUUGCAAAAGUAAUUCAUUCGUGAACAGUUGAUUUCUAGUCUAUCCUUCAU